UUCUAGCUAAAGGUGUUGAUUCUUGAUGAAACAAAGCUAGAGAGAGCAAGAACUGAUUAGAUCGAGUGAAUUGAAUUGAAGGAUACGAUGGCCUGUGUUGGGCUCAUCUCUCUUAUCCGAACACUAGAGUUGCAGUUCUUAGAGCCAGGAUUAUUCUUGGUUGUUGAUUACAAGGAUGAAAUCCAGUGUCUUCGUCAAAAGCUUUGUCAUUUGAAAGCCCUUCUUGAGGAAUCUGAGAAAAAGCUCAAUGUUAGCCAGGUCGAGAAAGAUGUUAUUGCAAGAGUUAAAGACAUAAGUUUCAGAGCAGAAGAUGAGAUUGAAUCUGAAGUAAUGGAGAUCAUUUCCAAUGGAGCUUCUCAUGAAAGACUCCACCAAAUCUUGCAACGUCUUGCAGAAGACAUUGAAGGGCUUAUUGAGCAAAGAAACACUACCCAAAUGCUGUCGUCAUAUAAUCCCGGCCAAUCAAACCAAGAGCACAUCAUAGCUGGAGGAGCUUCAAAGCUGCAGGAUGAUGCAAUAAUGGUAGGGCACGCCCAAGAAUUGGAGAGGACGAAGGAGAUGCUGCUUCAAUGCUCCACUCAGGAACGACAAGUUAUAUCCAUUGUCGGCAUGGGAGGGAUUGGCAAGACAACUAUGGCAAAAAAAAUCUAUGAUGAUCCAUCAAUAAGAUCUCGCUUUCAUCUUCUUGGUUGGGCAACCGUCUCUCAAGACUAUGAUCUGCGGAGAAUUCUCCAGGACCUGUGCGGUUGUGUUGCACAAAUGACUGAUAAAGAAAUCAAUGAGGUGAAAAGCACUGCUGAGCUAGCAAACAAAGUACGUCGGCGCCUGAUGCGUCAAAGGUAUCUUCUUGUGGUGGACGACAUAUGGGGCAGCAGAGGAUGGGAUGAUCUACAAAGAUGCUUCCCAGAUGAUUCCAACGGUAGUCGAAUAUUGUUGACUACUAGACUCAAAGAGGUAGCAGUUUACAGUGGAUGUUCAGGUAAGUAUGUUUGCAACUUGCCUUUCCUAAAUUCAAAUGAAAGUUGGAUGCUGUUUUCCCAGAAGCUGGGAAGCAUAAAUUUGCCUCCAGAAAUUGAAGAAAUUGGUAAGCGCAUUGUUAAUAAAUGCCGAGGAUUACCACUUGCUAUUACUGUAGCCGCAGGGCUUCUCUCCAAAACCAAAAGGUCAGUAGAAAAUUGGCAGAGUAUUGCCUCAGCAAUGAAUCUACCAAUGACCUCAGAUCUUCAUGACCAAUGCUCAACCAUACUCACCCUCAGUUACAACAACUUGCCUUACCAUUUAAAAGCUUGUUUCUUAUACUUUGGAAUCUUUCCUAAAGUUAGAAGAGAAAUCCCCACAAAGGAUCUUCUCAAUUUAUGGAUUACCGAGGGAUUUGUUAUGGAAGAUAGUGGUAGAAGUUUGGAAGAGGGUGCCAUGAAAUACUUACAAGAUCUAAUUGACAGAAAUCUAGUGCUUAUUAGCAAGCUAAGUUUCAUUGGCAAUAUUAAGACAUGUAGAUUGCACGAUUUGUUGUUUGACUUGUGCUUGAGAGAAGUAAAAAAAGAGAAGUUUGUGUCUGCUUUUCAUCAAAGGAGUGAGAAUGUUAUUGAAUUGGGUGACACCGAGCCGUUGUUUGAAUAUGCAAACCGUUGGUUAACAUUUCGAACAACGUAUAUUCAGCCCAAAUUCAGUGACAAGUAUAAUUUCCACAAAUCUCGUACCCUUUUAUUCUUUUUUGGUGUUUCUGGAGCUUCUGGGCUACCUGUAUCUUGGAGACAAAAUGUGUCUUUCAAGAUGAUAAGGGUACUGGACCUAGUGGAAAUUAGCUUCGAUGAGGCUCCAACCUUUGACAUCUCGGAUUUGAUUCUCUUAAGGUACCUAGCUUUGGGUACAAUUAAGUAUGUAAGGGUGCUGAAACAUCACCACAACUUACAAACUUUAAUUGUUAAGUUUCCAAAUUCAUGCCGUAUAGAGGAAAUUGACAGUGAUGAGGAGAUUGGCAGUAAAUGGUUGCAAGGUCUAUGGAAGUCUCAAAGUUUGAGGUUUAUCAAGUAUCCAUAUCCAUUCCCAAUAGAUACUGAUGAAAUUCCAGUUCAAGAUACUUUACACACUCUUUACUGGGUGCCUUAUCUCCGGUGCACAAAAGAAUUUGUUUUGAAAAUUCCAAAUGUUAAAGUGUUGGGGAUUAAAUGCUCUGAAAUACGUGCAUUUCAAACCGAAACCUGGUGGGAUAACCUUCACUACCUAACUAAGCUUGAGAAGCUAAUAGUUGAAGAUAUCGAGUCUGAACAAUUCGAACUUCAAAGUAUUAAUUCCUUUCCCCAAAGCCUUAAGGAGUUGAAAAUUGUGGGAACAGAACUUGGUUGGGAAGCCAUUACAAUCAUUAGUAUGUUGCCAAAUCUUGAAUCGCUCAAACUUCUCCAAGCAUAUGAGAUGGGAGAGGAGUGGGUAACUGGAGACGGUGGAUUCCCCAAAUUGAAGUUUUUGUACAUCAGUGGGGCGAAAUUGAAGAACUGGGAAACUAUGAGUGAUCAUUUUCCUGUCCUUGAACGCUUAGCAUUGCAUCACUGCCACAACUUGGAAAAGAUCCCCGAAGGCUUCACAGACAUUACUACGUUACAAUUGAUUGAGUUGAAAGAUUGUUUUCCUUCUCUUGUGGAGUCAGCUAAGGACAUUCAAGAAGAGCAGAGCUCAUAUGGAAAUGAUCAACUUGUUGUUCGUGACUAUGACACUCGGAGUUGAAUAUUAGGAGCACUAGUCCAAUGAAGAAAUCGAAAAAAUUAAAGCAGAUCGAGCAAUCAAGGAAUUUGAAGGUGGAGGCAAGGCUGUACGUGAUGUUUUUCAAUGUUUUCUAUCUCACUUGUUUUGUUUUGUUUUGUUUUCAUCCGUAAAAGAUAUUAAACUCAUAUCACAUCAUUUGUAUUGAAUAUUUCAUGAAUGCAUUUUGUUUCCUAUUAUAUUUGUCUUCAAUUAUUUUAGCUUUGAUCAUUUUCUACCCAUUUAAAUGCAGCUUUCAAAAUUUUCAACCUA